AGCUGGAGGAUGAGGAUGACGAUGGUAAAUAUGAGACGCACCUUUUGUUCUGUGGAAUCCCUUCUCCCAGCACCACAACUCCACCACCACCAAUGGCGGCCGUCGCCCGCCUCCUGCGAUCAUCGUCCUCGUCCCCCGCAGCCGCCGCCUGCUUCGCCUGGAGGUCGUUAUCCAACGCAGCCGCCGCCGCCGACGAAUUGAGAUCGCAGCCUUCCCCUCCCCCUCGCGCGGAUCCCAAACGCAGGAGCUUCCAGUGGGUGUUCCUGGGGUGCCCCGGCGUCGGAAAGGGUACGUACGCCAGCCGGCUGUCGGCGCUGCUCGGCGUUCCGCACAUAGCCACCGGCGAUCUGGUUCGCGAGGAGCUGUCUUCGUCUGGUCCUCUGUCGAAGCAGCUUGCAGAUGUUGUGAACCACGGUAAAUUGGUAUCGGAUGAAAUCAUUAUAAACUUACUGUCUAAGAGGCUUGAGAUGGGUGAAUCGAGAGGAGAAUCGGGAUUUAUACUUGACGGGUUUCCUCGCACAGUUAGACAAGCGGAAAUACUGCAUGAGGUGACAGACAUUGAUCUGGUGGUAAACCUCAAACUCCCAGAAAACGUGCUACUAGAGAAAUGCCUCGGGAGAAGGAUUUGCAGCAAAUGUGGGAAGAACUUCAAUGUAGCGUCAAUCAACGUGAAGGGAGAAAACGGGAAUCCUGAUAUUAGUAUGGCCCCACUUCUUCCUCCUUCACAGUGUGUCUCGAAGCUCAUUACUCGCUCUGAUGAUACCCAGACUAUUGUGAAAGAAAGACUUCGCAUCUAUAAUGAAAAGAGUCAACCUGUGGAGGACUUUUAUCGUGGCUUCGGAAAACUGCUGGAAUUUGAUUUGCCAGGCGGUAUCCCAGAAUCUUGGCCUAAAUUGCUUGAAGCAUUGAAUCUCGAUGAGAAUGAGGAGAAACGGACUGCAACAGCUUAG